CGGCCGCAGCGCACGGCAGGCCCCCUUCUUCCGCGACCUCGCCACCCCGAUCCCGUCCCACCGCGGCGUCUCGCGCUUCGCCUCGGGGGCUUCCCCCUCCGCGGCCCCCUCCGCCACGCCGCCGCCGCCGCCCAUCUUCACCCUCGACGACCUCUAUGCCUCCGCGGACUUCUCCCCGGACCCCACCGCGUCCGACCUCCUCCCCGUCGCGUCGUCCCCCUCCCCCCGCGCCGCCGCCAGCUGCUCGCCGCCAUGGGACCUGUCCCGGGGCAAGGUGUCCCUCUCGGCACCAGGAUCCCCCAUGGAUGGGGUCGUUGAGCCGGCCCGGAAAGAGGUACUCGCUUUGCCGCCGCCUGCGAGCCCUGGCACCCCACCUCCUGCCACGACAGCGGAGGUUCAGUCACCGGUGUCCCCCGCGCAAGCACCGGCUAGGACGGAGCCGGUGGCGAACGGUGGGGAGGCCGAACGGGAGGAGUGGAUCACUGUAUUUGGAUUUUCUAUUGGAGUCACCAACCUUGUUCUUCGGGAAUUCGAGAAAUGUGGAGUAAUAUUGAGACAUUACUCUGGCCCAAGAGAUGGAAAUUGGAUCCACAUAUUGUACGAGCGCUCGUAUGAUGCUCGCAAGGCUCUUCAGAAAAAUGGUAUGCAACUAAGCAACAGUCUGAUAGUUGGAGUAAAGCCUAUUGAUGCAGUGCACCGGCAGCAGCUGGACAAGGGUUUCGCUCAAAGCAAUCAAGGUGGAUUUAUGGUUUCCUUGCCUUCAAAGUCACUGGGCUUGAAGAGCGUAGGUGCAUCAAACCAGUUAGGAGCCUUGCCCCGCCCAUAUGACCCGAAAGCUAACACGAAUGCCAGCCGAGAUGCUGGCCGUCGUGCAACUGGCAGCGUUGCUGCACCAGCAAAAUCAAUUGUAACCAAUGUGAUGGAUUUGAUAUUUGGCAUUUGAUAUGGCAAUGAGAACCAAUCAUCCGGAAUAUUCUCUGUUUCUUCUGUUUACUUGUUCGAGAAUGCCAGCAUGCCAAAGAUUCAGCAGCAAAUUUUGCUGAAGUUUGAGAGCUUACUGAGUGAACUUCCUUUUGGCGUGUAACAUUAAAAUUAUUCAAUUUUCACGUUUAAUCGAAGUUAUGUUGUCUCAUGUCCAUAUGAGGGCAGUUGUAUGUUAAUGGCCAUGGUGUAUGUCUUGUUUCUGUCUCUCCCUCGGCCUCGAAAAAAAAGUGCUGGUGUAAUUUCGAGAAAUCAUAUGUUGCUCUC